AUGAAAGGUCCCAGAAUAGAAAUAGCACCCGACAUCGCUACCAACUUCAACAGGUGUAUUUGCAUUACCAUACUAGUGUUGACACUUUUUCACUUUUUUGUCAGCUAUUUUACCAAUUGGGGUCUAUCGCUAGACGUAAUUCAUGAGCAACAAAUUACUCCACAACAUGAUAGCGAAGAAGUACCCGACGUGGAGAAAUUUUUACCACUUCUUACUUUCAUUCCUGGCAAAACUCCUGUCAUAUCAUAUCCAUGGGUUCUCGUUUCUUCUACUUUGAUUGAACGUGAAAUAGCAUUGCUCAUUCUUGUGCCUUUGGUGGUUUUGGUAUUUGGAAGCUAUGUCGAGAAAAUAUGGGGGCUAAGAGAAUAUAUGAGGUACCUCGUGAUAAUCUCAAUGCUUCCAAAUGUAUCAUUAUAUUUCUACUAUGAAACGAAAUCCAUAUUGCUUUCUGAAACAAAACCUCCACUCAUCUUUUCCGGCUUGUCAAUGGCAAUAGGAAUUAUCGUGGCAGCAACGAAAUUGAUCCCGAACCACCAGGUAUAUAUAUUUCAAGAUAAGGGGUUUCGCAUGAAGCUUUUUCCCUCCAUUAUUAUGGGUAUUUGUGGGGUAACCUAUUACUUUAGCACCAACGAUAUUUACAAGGUGUUUUUCAUGAAAGCUUAUUUGGGGUUUCUUGUAAGCUGGACUUACUUGAGAAUCUUUCAGAAAACAGCUUCAAGCGCCCAAAUUGGCUUGCUUCCGCCGUUUGUUCCCAAGAAAAAUCGACCAACAAUUUCUCGAAAGAACGAGUUUCAGAAUGGUCUUUUUUCUUUCAAUUUGGACUUCAACGGUGAUCGCUCAGCAUCGUUUGCCUUGAGCAGCUUCUUUCCCUUUCCACUUUCUGGGGCCAUAGGAGAUAUUAGCAACCGAAUGUUCUCGCUAUUGGUAAAAGCUAAGAUUAUUAAUGGUGAUCACUUCGAAAUAGUCGAUAAUGAACCAUCGUUGGUAUCUAGUCUCAAAGCACUAGGUCUCUUCCAGACAUCAGGAAUGCGCACGAGAGCACAGCAAGCAUGGAAUUGGGCAAAAAGGAAGAAGCCGGGACACCAUCAGCGAAGUUCAGUAACUGAUGGGAAACGGAAACUUGCAUUGGAAGGGCUAGAGUAG